AUGCUGGUUUCGUGCUCAUUGUUGCUCGCGGUGCUCGCCGGGUCUGCUCUUGCGCUGCCCUACCCUGAUGAAGAGAAGCGUGGUAAUACCGUUUAUCCGGUAUACAGCACUCCAACUUACAGCACGACUUACCCGGUAUAUACCACAACUUCCACCUACUACCCCGUGUAUACGAGCACCUACUCCUCCCCAGUGUAUACCACCACUUCAACCUACUACCCUGUGUACACAUCCAGCUCUACAUACUCUUCUGUAUACACUAGCACUUCAACCUAUUCGCCAGUGUACACAUCCAGCUCGACGUACUCCUCCCCAGUGUAUACGACCACUUCAACCUAUUCGCCGGUGUACACAUCCAGCUCUACAUACUCUUCUGUAUACACUAGCACUUCAACCUAUUCACCAGUGUACACAUCCAGCUCGACGUACUCCUCCCCAGUGUAUACGACCACUUCAACCUAUUCGCCAGUAUACACAUCCACGUACUCCUCUGUAUACACUAGCACCGCCACCUAUCCGGUUUACACCAGUUCCUCGACCUACUCGACCUACUAUACAACCUAUACCACUCCAGCAAUCUAUUCCACGAGCACCUAUACAACUCCCGUUGUCUAUACCACAACGACCUACACUACUCCCGUCUAUUCCUCGUACAGUCCGGCUGUCUACUCGUCCACGUACUCAACCUGCCCUGCCGCUGUAACCAGCACAGAGACCGUCUACUCAACCGUGACCGCGACGAGCACGUCGACAUAUACCGCAACAUCGACGUCGACAUACACGUCCACAACCACCGUGACAUACACCGCGACAGUCACCUCAACGGCCACUGUGACCUAUACCACCAGCAGCGUGGUGUACUCAUGCGCCCCGACCUACAGCAGUUCUACGUACAGCAGCUCCACCUACACGACGCCGGUCUACACGACCACGUACAGCACCUCCGUCUACCCCGUCUACACCCCUUACACCACUUACACCACCACAACUUACGGUUCUGGUUGGUAA